AUGUUGGCUUACUUGGGUCGACUGAGCAAAGUGGCCGGCGCAUGUGCUGGUGGCGUGGUGUUGUAUGACGCCAGCAACCGAGACUGGUCGGUGCAACACACUAAGUGGACGGCUGCCAAGCAGUAUGUCCUAAUCUUCCUUCUAAAACUCCUGGGCCGGCGGCAGCUGAAGCAGCUCUGUCGCGAUGCGCAGAGAGGAGAUGAGGUGCAGAAGCAGCUGUUGGCCGAAAUCCUUCGAAGGCAUCAGGAUAGCCCAUACGCCUUCCAAAACGGACUGCAAGGAGUGGCCACUUACGACAUCUUCCGCGAGAGCCAUCCCUUGACCGAGCCUACCGAUGCCCUUGAGACGAAAGGCUUGGGCAAGGAGCUGGGCACAAAAGAGGUCUCGAAGCUGUUCCUUCAGAGAGGUUUCCUGCCCGCCUUUGCUGUGCUCAGCUAUACCUUCCCCAGCAUCGAGGAGGAGCUGCAAAGGCUCACGGUGCUCCCCUCCGGCCCUGACCAGCGCCUGGCCACCGCCCUCUUCGGAGCGUCCCUCAAGGAUCGGCUGCGAUGGCUGGGGAGCUUCCUGUGCACCAGCCCAAUGGCGGCGUAUGAUCUCAAAACGGAGGCAGACAGGCGCUACGCGCAUACCCUGUUCUCUUUGAAAGAUAGAAGCCUCAAUAUGAUCCAGGCCAGUUCUGCAAAGUUGGUCUACGACACGCUGAUGAAAACUGCCUCGGACCAUCGCCGGCACCUGGUACAGGACCUGCGAAAUGGCCACCUCUGGGACCGGCGUCUGCCCGAGGAGGUGCCGCAGCCGGAGCUGCGCGCGGCGCUGGAUGCGGCGCUCAGAGGACCCGAUGGACGGAGGGCGCUGGAGGUGGAAAAACUGCUGAAGCGUGGUGUUGGUGGAGCCCCUGCAGGUGCCAAAGACCUUUGGCCACAUCUGCAGGUGGUGCUUGUGACCACCAUGAACGACGAGGGAAAACAGGAUCUUGGAGACUUGCCAGUUUACUCUCCGCUCUACACCAGCUCCAAAGCACUUGGCCACUUGGGCGUCAAUAUUUUUCCGGAGGAACCCUUUGGCCGAUGGACGUAUCUCUUGGACCCCGGCAGCAUGUUCUUCGAGCUGAUUCCCAGCAACAGCAGCCGUGGCAUGGCAUCCGCCAUCCCCGCCUGGGAAGCCGAAGUGGGCAGCCGCUACGAGUUGCUGGUCACGUCCUACAGCGGCCUGUGCCGCUGUAGGACGGGCGACACGGUGCGGGUGCAUGCCAUGUACGGCAAGAUGCCAGUGGUGAAGGGGGAGUAUCCUGCUUGGAUUCCUGUAGACAAAGCAGCAGGUGUGCCUCAGCGUUUGCUAUGCCCUGGCCUGAGCUUGGACGACCUCGGCCUCAGCAGUGACUCCGAACUGACAGGCGAUGUCCACCACCAGGAAUCCGAGAACUCGGACGGUGACUUCAAGGAGUUCGCCAAGAGCCUGGGUGUGGACGCGGAAGAUGGAGAUCUGCUUUGGGUGGCCAAAGAGGCCUUUGAAGCGCCAUUACCCUCUGGUUGGUCCGAACAUUUGGAUCCGGAAGGGCGCGUCUACUUCUUCAGCCAGGUUACGCAGCAGAGCAGCUGGUCUCAUCCGAUGGAUGAUGUUUUCCGUGAGCUGAUCCAGCUCAUCAAAUCCGUGAGGAGGCUAGACCCACCCGAGGCCAGCGUCAUGGAGGCAGUGCAAUCUCACUUGCAAAGUACCCACGACCGGGCCACCGCAGCUCUAGAGGGCUGGAGUGGGCCAUACAUGGCGGAGGAUGGGGAGUAUUUCUGCAAUUUCCAGCAGGGAGUCAGUACAUGGCACAACCCAGUGCAGGAAUGGCAGACCGAACUGGCGGUGCGGCAGCAGGUGCUUCACCGAUGCUUGCUCCAAGGCUUUGCAAAGGCCUGGAAUCAGCACAGUUUUUUUUGGAGCAGUGCGAGGUGUGGGAUCUGGAUUUGCAUAAGGUUUUGA